UAUCGAAGAUCGUCGGUUUACAACAGCAGGAGACGCUGUCUCUUUAACAAUUUAGUGGACUACAACAGUCGACUUUUGUAGCGGGGGCUGAGUGAGAGCUCUUCCGGUGGACAGAUUCAAAGACGCAAGUGGAGAAGGACAAAUGUUCAAAUCUUUGACACUGUUGAGCAGAGUGAGAGCUGCUGCCGCCUGUGUGCGGCACCACUCUUCUCUCACAGCUGAACUGAUGGAAAACAUGGAUAAGAAAGCAACCUGGGACCGUUUCUACGCUGAGAACAACAGUCGGACACCCACCUUCAAAAACUUUGAGUGGUUCUUUGGCUUUGAGGCUGUGCGGGACUUCAUUAUGCCCCUCUUGCAGCACAAGAGUGAUCCGGAUGCUCUGCUCCGUGUCCUGGAUGUGGGCUGUGGCACCUCAGCACUUGGGCCUUGUAUUUACAGACACUCUCCUGUGCCGGUGCAGGUCACCUGUGCUGACAUAUCGCCCGUAGCUGUACGACUCAUGAAGGAGCACGUUGAAGCGAAAGCAAUUCAACCUCAUAGUGUUUCUUCUCAGCUUGAGUUUGUGGAGCUGGACUGCACACAUCUUCUCAAGCACCUUGGUUCUGGCAGCGUGGACCUGAUCAUCGACAAGGGCACCAUAGACGCCUUGUUGAGGUCUAAGGAGGGGAAGGGGAAGGCCGGCCUGGUGCUGAGGCAGUGUUUGAAGGUGCUGCGGGGCUCGGGGUCUCUGCUCCAGUUCUCUGAUGAGGACCCUGAUGCCAGGCUGCUGUGGCUGGAGAUGGAGGCCCAGGAGCUGGGGACGAUGGCAGCAGAUGUUGGCAUGCAGGAGGUUGGAGAAUUAAGGGGAAUGUAUUAUUACUGCUACCAAGUGACUCCUCGCUGUAUUACACAGCAGUAACCUUCUACCUCUGGAUGUUCAUAAACCCAAAUGAAUAAAUUAUUCAAAAUCAUUGUUAAAAGAGAA